UUUUGCUGGAGUUGGAAUCCAAGUACAAAACUACCAUGGAAAAAGACUGCUCUUGCAUUUUUUCUGGCAGACUUAGAACCUGAGAGUAUCUAAAUUAUCAGAAAGCCUGUUCUCAUGAGAGUCCUGUCCAGAUUUCCAACAAAUCUAGAACAUUAUCCAAAGUUUUUAUGUCCUGAUGUGCUGAUCUGCAACAAUAGAAACAACAUAUGGAAACCACAUGUCUCCAAAAUAAGUCAGGUCAGAGAAGACUUGCUGGUCUCAAGUCAAAGAUGAUUUUAUUUGCUGAUGAACUUGAUUUUGUUCUCCUUUUCUCCUAAAUCAUGAGUUGGCUCCUGACUAUUGCACCUGAGGUAAGGGCCAAUGAAGUAUGGAAAAGGAAAGAAUAAAUGAAAUAUGAUCACAGUUUCUGUAAUGAAGAAGCCUCUCAGGGAAGACCCAGGAUCACACCCAGUUUGAGUUCAUUCUACAGCAUAAGAUUGUUUGUAUCAGAUAUAAAAUGACAAAAAUCUGGAUCACAUUUUUGCUGCUCUUCUUAUUGGUUACUAUGUUCUUUGCCAGUGCAACUCCAGCUGAGGGACAUCAGAACACCUCAAUGGACUUUGCCCAGCUGAGUGUUACACGGAAUAAAAUCAUGACAGCGCAGUAUGAAUGCUACCAGAAGAUUAUGCAAGACCCUAUUCACAAGAAAGAAGGUCCUUACUGCAACAGGACCUGGGAUGGCUGGUUGUGCUGGAGUGAUGUUGCUGCCGGAACCGUGUCGGUGCAGCGUUGUCCUGACUACUUUCAGGAUUUCAACCCGUCAGAAAAAGUUACAAAGAUCUGUGAUCCAAAUGGGAAUUGGUUCAGACACCCAGAAAGCAACAGGACGUGGACAAACUACACCCAGUGCAAUAUCUACACGCAUGAAAAAGUGAAGACUGCUCUGAACUUGUAUUACUUGGCCAUCAUCGGACACGGUCUUUCAAUUGCAUCACUUCUGAUUUCUCUUGGCAUAUUCUUUUAUUUUAAGAGCUUGAGUUGCCAAAGGAUUACCCUGCAUAAAAAUCUGUUUUUCUCUUUUGUUUGCAACUCUGUUGUAACAAUAAUUUCACUGACAGCCGUCGCCAACAACCAGGAAUUAGUUGCAACUAACCCAGUAAGUGAAAGUUGGUUUGCCAGCUUUGUUUGUUUGUACAUGAAUGGCUUGAGCAGCGCAGCAGAGGUGGGAGCUGCACAGCUGAUGAAAUGUUGUGUGUAG